UCAUCCUGUCUCAACCUUUACGUCUUACUCCUACCAGACGACUCUCUGAUGCAGCCAGUGCAAAAACAAGUUUACUGAACCAUCAUUAUAAAUUUCAUAUUUGUGUCGCUGAAAUCCAGAGAAGCAUGUACGCCAGGAAGUCAGAAGGAAAGGAGCUUCGCAGAGGAAGGUCUUUGGACAACAGGACCGUCUCCAGCAGCUUUGGGAGAGGGUCGACAACCAUCAUAUUCACUCUGAAAAACGAAGUCGGUGGUCUUAUAAAGGCACUGAAACUUUUCCAGGAAAAACACGUCAACCUCAUUCACAUCGAGUCCCGUAAGUCCAAACGAAGGAAUUCAGACUUUGAGAUCUUUGUGGACUGCGACACAGGCCACGAGCAGUUCAAGGAGCUCACCGAGCUGCUCAGGAAGCACACGGACAUCGUGGAGAUCUCGCCAUUCGACGGCUCCGCUCUACCCGAGGACGAUGUGCUCGGUGUGCCGUGGUUCCCCAAGAAGAUCUCUGACUUGGACUUGUGUGCAAACAGGGUUUUGAUGUAUGGCUCUGAACUUGAUGCAGAUCAUCCGGGAUUUAAGGACAACAUAUACAGAAAAAGAAGACAAUAUUUUUCUGAUUUAGCUAUAAACUACAAACAUGGUGAGCCCAUCCCUCGUGUGGACUACACUGCAGAGGAGGUGCGUACCUGGGGCGUGGUGUUCCGGGAGCUCCACAAGCUGUACCCGAGCCACGCCUGCAGGGAGUACCUGAAGAACCUCCCACUGCUGACCAAGUACUGCAAAUACAGCGAGGACAACAUCCCCCAGCUGGAGGACGUCUCGCACUUCCUUAAAGAGCGCUCAGGCUUCAUCAUCAGGCCCGUUGCCGGUUACCUCUCCCCCCGAGACUUCCUGGCAGGCCUGGCCUUCAGAGUCUUUCACUGCACUCAGUAUGUCCGCCACAGCUCAGAGCCUCUGUACACACCUGAACCAGACACAUGCCAUGAGCUGCUGGGUCAUGUGCCUCUGCUCGCCGAGCCCAGCUUCGCUCAGUUCUCUCAGGAGCUCGGUUUGGCGUCUCUCGGCGCUUCAGAUGAUGAUGUAAACAAACUGGCCACAUGUUACUUCUUCACUGUGGAGUUUGGCCUCUGUAAGCAGGACGGCAGGCUGAGGGCGUACGGCGCAGGGCUCCUCUCCUCUGCCAGUGAACUCCAGCACGCUUUGUCCAGCAGCGCCAACAUCCUUCCUUUUGACCCCACGGUGACCUGCAACCAGGAGUGCAUGAUCACCACGUUUCAGCAGGUUUACUAUGUGGCCGACAGUUUUGAGGAAGCCAAGAACAAAAUGAGGGAGUUUGCCAAGACCCUUCGACGUCCCUUCACGAUACGCUACGACCCCUACACUCAGAGCGUGGACGUUCUAGAGGACACCAACAAUAUCAACAGCAUGGUGAAGGACAUCCGGCACGAGCUGGACAUCGUCGAAGACGCUCUGAACCGACUCAGCAAAAAACUGCAGAGCGUGUAAAGAGGUGCUGCCGAACGCAUCUCAAAGUAAAGCCGCUGACAGCCGAACACUGCUUCUAUGUCUCUGCUUCUGCUCUGAAUCUACUGCUGCUGCAACAAAACCGACACCUCCUCCUGAGGGGGGAGGGGCCUCCUGAAACAUUCGCUAGGACACAGUUAUUGUUUGUAGGCUGAGCUGUAAAAAUGCGGCACAUGUGCCGUGAUAAUCUGUCUGUAAUCAUGUGAAUUUGUGUGAUGAUCUAUAAAAUACACAUA